AUGCCUCCCAUCCCCUCCCCGUCGGCUCUCCAAGCCCUCCGCGCCCUGACACGGCUCAACAUCUCGAAGCCCGUCUCUCUUCCUCUUCCUCUUGCUCGACAGUCGCGCUCGUUCACAACCACGCAGUCUCCAUGGAUGACACUGAACCAAGUGCGCACACGGCCCCGGCAGCCCAAGAAAGCGCGCCACGCCGUGUCCCCGGCCCUGGCGGCCGAGCAACGACCGGAGAUGAAAGGCGUGUGUUUGAAAGUCGGCAUCACCAAGCCCAAGAAGCCCAACUCGGGCCAGCGCAAGACCGCCAAGGUCCGAUUGUCCAGCGGCAAGAUCGUCAGCGCCUAUAUUCCCGGCGAAGGACAUAAUGUGCAGCAGCACAGCGUCGUGCUGGUCAGAGGCGGGAGGAGUCAGGAUUGUCCUGGUGUGCGGUAUCAUUUGGUCAGAGGCGCUUUUGAUCUGGGUGGUGUUCCCAGCCGGGCGACUAGCAGGUCGAAAUACGGCACGAAGAAGCCAAAGACUGAGUAG